CAUUCCCACCACAGACCACCCUCUCUCUCUCUCUCAUCUUGACAAAACCUCUCCUCUUCCUUUCAACCCAAGCAAAGCAAAAACUUCCCACCCCAAAAAAUGGCCAUCAAGAAAUCAAACAAGCAGUCCCAAACAACAGUUCUCAAGCAAAUUGUUAAGAGGUGUUCAAGCUUGGGAAAGAAACAAGGCUAUGAUGAAGAGGGUCUUCCUGUGGACGUCCCAAAAGGCCACUUUGUUGUCUAUGUUGGAGAAAACAGAAGCAGAUACAUUGUUCCCAUCUCAUUCUUGACUCAUCCUGAGUUCCAGACCCUUCUUCGCCGUGCCGAAGAAGAGUUCGGGUUCGAUCACGACAUGGGUCUCACUAUUCCUUGCGAAGAAGUAGUUUUUCAGUCUCUAACAUCAAUGCUGAUGAGAUAGAAAUUUAGGAGAAGAAAAAAACAAGUGCGUUUUGGAUAGGAAUUGGAAAGAGAUCAUGAAGCUGCUACUCUGCUUCUGAGUUUUUUUUUUUUUUUUUUAUUUUAAAUUUAAAUAUUUUUCUUUUUAAAUUUUGGGUGGUUCUAUUUGUAGUUAAUGAUCUAACCCAAAACCCCCAAAACCCAAGAAUAUAUUGUGGGUUUUUAUGGAUAUGUAAAUCGCUGAAGUAUGAAAUUUCACUCACGGUGGUGCCUGUGAGAGAAAACUAAUUAUUAAUAUUAAGGAUAUUUGGGGUUGCUACUUGCUCCCCUGUUUCAUUUCA